GAUGGGGAAAUCGAAAUGAGAGACUGUCAGUAUGAGAAAUCGAAGUAAUUCUGGCGUCCGUUUGGAUUAUUACCAAAGAUUACUGAACAAAACUAUUCUUAAAUAUCAGAAUCCAGUGACUGGAUUACUACCUUCCAGUGAAGAGAACAGUCAUGCCUGGGUACGGGACAAUGUGUAUGCUAUUCUGUCAGUAUGGGCAUUGGCUCUGGCUUACAGAAAAACAGCAGAUCUGGAUGAAGAUAGAGCCAAAGCAUAUGAACUAGAACAGUCUGUGGUGAAGUUGAUGAGAGGGCUGUUACGCUGUAUGAUGACUCAGGUCGAGAAGCUGGAGAAGUUUAAGUAUUCACAGCAUGUAAAUGAUUCCCUGCAUGCUAAGUAUUGCAGUAAGACAGGGAAGACUGUCGUUGGUGACCAUGCCUGGGGUCAUUUACAAAUAGAUGCCACCUCUAUUUAUAUACUGUCACUAGCUCAGAUGACAGCAUCAGGUCUUCAGAUUAUUUUCACCCUUGAUGAAGUGUCCUUUGUACAGAAUUUGAUAUUUUACAUCGAAACAGCCUACAGAACACCAGAUUAUGGUAUUUGGGAGAGAGGCGAUAAAACCAAUCAUGGACUUCCAGAGCUGAACUCCAGCUCCAUUGGAAUGGCAAAGGCAGCUUUGGAAGCAAUAGAUGAACUUGAUCUGUUUGGUGCCAGAGGUGGACCCUUGUCCAUUGUCCAUGUGUUACCAGAUGAAGCACAGCAGUGCCAGGCUAUUCUUCAUUCCAUGCUUCCCAGAGAGUCCAACUCGAAAGAGAUAGAUGCUGCUUUAUUGACUGUGAUCAGCUACCCUGCCUUUGCUGUUGAUGAUGGGGAAAAGGUGGAAGAAACAAGAGAGACCAUUGUGUCUAAACUGGAGGGCAAAUAUGGUUUCUGUCGAUUUCUUCGAGAUGGAUAUAAAACAGCUAGAGAGGACCGAAAUCGUUUGCAUUAUGAACCUUGGGAGCUGCAGGUCUUUGAGAGGAUAGAAUGCCAGUGGCCCAUGUUCUUUGCUUUGUCUGUAUUGGAUGGUUUGUUCAAUGGGAGAGAACAACAGGUGAAAAAAUACUCAGAGAAAUUGGAUGCAGUGAUGUUGAAGACAGAUGAGGGAAUUUAUGUUAUACCGGAACUCUAUGCUGUUCUUAAAGAUAAGGUGGAGCAAGAAUACAAAGAACCAAACAGCCAAGAGAGAGAACCACUAGGGAAAAUGCCUCACAAAUGGGGACAAUCACUGUAUAUCAUCAGUAAACUAGUCCAAGAGGGUUUUUUAUCUCCCGGAGAACUGGACCCUGUCAAUCGUCGUUUGGUUUCUGAACCCAAACCAGACAUUGUUGUACAAGUGGUGAUAUUGGCUGAGGAUGACUACAUCCAGUCUAAGCUGUUAGAACACGACAUCAAGGUACAGACAAUGUCAGAAGUGACACCAUUACAAGUGUUUCCAGCCAGAGUUCUCACUCAGAUCUACUCCCUACUGGGGAGAAACAAGAAACUAGGUUUAACUGGACGUCCAAAGAAUGAAAUAGGUCUUCUGGCCACCAGCAAGUUGUAUAGUUUUCAUGAUCAGAUCUUUGCAUUUAUUCCACAGUAUGCAGAUGCUCACCAGUUCUAUUUGGCUUUAGACAUCAACUUUAUCAUUGACAAAUUUAAGAAUGAUGUUGGUUAUUUCUCGGGUAAUUGGAGGAACCUUGGUCGACCAGUCUACAUUUAUCCCAUCACAAAUGCUGUUUUAGAUGUUGGCCAUAAUCCACCUGGAGCCCUAAUUGGAACUAUCAGAAAGCUGCAAAGUGGAUACAUUGCUGGAACAAGGGUCCACCUAGGAAAUUUAGAUGAAUUUGUCACCACAUCCUGCAUAACGAAACUAAGCUUUCUCAGGGAUCCAUCUCAUAGUGAAGAAGUGAAGAACUUAAUUGGUGACAUUUUCAAUAAAGCCCCAGAUGUAAGGCCACGUCUCUUAUCUUCAACAAGAAUGCGAGUUAGAUCUCAUUCUAAAUCAUCAGUCCACGGCAUUGUACGGAGGUCCAGGUCAAUCCAAGUAGAUCCAGACCAGGCUCAAGAGAGAGGUUCAUCACAGGCGUCUUUACAACAGUCACUGAAGAAAUUAGAAAGAGGAAUUGCUAUCCCAGAUGGAAGAGGAGCUGGACACUCACUUACUGGUAUGUCUGAAAGUCGAACCAUUCCAGGAUCUCUUGAUGAUUUACCCACCCGACCCAUGUCUCCCAAUCUUCACUUGAAGGGAAGUCUACACCCUCUUCAUUACAGUCACCAUGCCCCCUCCUCUUCCCCACAACUUUCCCAUUUUUUCCAUGGCCAGAUGAGCUUUCCCCCAGGAAAGCAGGAAAGCAUCAACAUUGAUGAAUUAGUAGAUCAGCUUAACACCACAGAAGUAUUACAUGAACAGGCAGAUAUCGUCCAUUAUUUGUAUCUUCACAGAGGUCCUAAUUUUGAGAUCAAAAUUGACAAUAAGCCAUGUUGUAUCAAGGAAUUACUGGUGGAACUUUAUGAAAAGGCUGGCCAUUGGAAACACUGGGGUCUGGUGAGACAUACAGCUGGUAUGCUCAGGAAGAGGGUAGAAGAAUUAGCUCUGGCAGCAACAGAUCUUUUAGUUCGACAGAAGCAGUUAUCAGUGGGUCUUCCACCAGACAGAGAGAGGGUCGUUAUGCGACCUCUGCCACCAGAUGAUCUGGCCAGUAUUAUUUUUGAUGCUUGUGGGGAGGAUCUAAGUACAGCAUCCCUAACACAGGAGCUGUUGAUUUAUCUUGCCAUGUUUAUCCGCACCGAACCAAAACUAUUCAAUGAAAUGUUGAGGCUUAGGGUGGGUCUCAUCAUUCAAGUUAUGGCAUCAGAGCUUGCUAGAACUCUCAAGUGCACAGGUGAUGAAGCGUCCGAGCACUUACUGAAUCUCAGUCCUUAUGAAAUGAAAACUCUUCUACAUCACAUCCUGAGUGGAAAAGAGUUUGUCAUCAAUACAGAGCAUACUAAUGUAGAAGAUGAGUGCAGGUUAUCAGUUACAACGAAGAAUGUUGGAGAUGAAGCCACAGAAUUUGCCAAACUAAGUCGAAAACCACAUUUAAAGAUGCAGAAAAGUAUGCCUCGCCUUGACCCCCAUGCACUUGAGAAGGAAGAUGAUGUGGAGUCUGACAGACAGGGCCAGUGGCUCCGUAGGCGCCGCCUAGAUGGUGCCCUGAACAGAGUUCCUGUUGGAUUCUAUCCAAGGGUUUGGAAAGUUCUCAAAAUGUGCCAUGGACUUGUCAUUGAAGGACAUCAUAUACCACACAGUCUUACUAGAGAGAUGACCCCAGGAGAGUUUAAGUUUGCUUUACAUGUGGAGAUGGUUCUAAAUAAGAUCCCCCAGCCUGAGUAUAGACAGCUAAUGGUGGAGGCCCUAAUGAUCCUAACUAUGAUGACGGAGAACGAGAAUAGUAAACUCUACUUUAAUCAGCUGAUUCAGGUGGAUAAGAUCGUCCAUGUGGCUAAUGGCAUCUAUAUUAAAGAACAGAAAAUACCUGAUGAUGUGGUAGAACUUUCAAAAGGAGCAGCUGGAAUCUGCCUCCAUUUCUACGACACUGCCCCUAGUGGUCGGUAUGGGACAAUGUCUUAUUUGUGCAGGGCUUUGGCAUCUAUUCUACCACUCCCUACAGAUAUGGAUGCAAACCUGGAUUGUAGUCUUUCAUAAUCUGUUGAAUCAGAUACUUGUUCAUGAGUCCAUGGAAUUUUUCAGGAUUGCUUAUAGUGUUCUCUUCCAGGGUUUUCAUGUACAUUUUGAAUCCGAAAAUUUGGAAAGAACUGCAUGAAAUCCACUUCCCCAGUGUCUAAACCAGACUGUGUUAUGACACAAAUGUUUUGUCCAAGCUUUUUAAUACAUAAAUGUACAACUUCAUUGCCACAAAUAAUUUUUUUUAGCUUUAAAAAGCAAUUUUGCUCUGCUUUUUAACCUUAUAAUUAGUGUGUUAUUUACAAAAAAAAAGUUUGACAUAAAAUUUGAAACAGUAAUUGCAAUAUUUGGCUUGACUUCUUGAAAAAAUGUUUUAUUAUUUUAUUGUUGUUGGGAAGACAAGUCAUGACAACAUUAUGAAAAGAAUGAUAUUUCUUCGUAGAAAUCAGAAAAUGUGUACAGUGUACAUGUAGUAUAUUUAUUGUGAUAAGAUUCUAGAUGAAAUAAAUCAUUCUUGUUAAAAUGAAAAUUUAAAUGUCCAACAUUAAGAACAAUACAUAUGUAUUGCAUUCUUCUAUGCAUGAAAGAACCUUUCAAUAAAGCAAAAAAGUGAAAACAUUUGAAACAAUUCUAGACAAACUAUGCUGUUACAUAUAAUGCUGUAAUUUUUUUCAUAUUAUGAAAAUACUUUUAAAGAAGAAGGUAUAGUUUCAAUACAAAACUGGCCCUGUAUUUUAAUUAUUCUGAGAAAUUAAAACUCAUACUUUCUGAAUUGUUCAAACUCCAUGCAGUAAGAUCUUACAAAACUUUUUUUAUAUGACCUCCUAAAUGCCAAUUGUAACAUCAUUAACUUGUGCAUUUUCCCAUAUUUUCUUUAAAAAAUUGCGGAAGACCUCUGUUUUCAGUGGAAUUUUCUUAAAUACAAUAUGGACCACAUGCAUUGCUCACAAAGAUUUUAAGAAAUGUGAUUCCUCAAAGACUUUUAUACAACAUACCUGAAAAUUGCAGUGGGCGAUGUCUGCGGACACUAUUUUCUUAAGGAUAAUAACCCCUUAAAUGAGUCAUUUUGAGCCUUUCUCUGUUUAAAAUUUAGAAAUGUAACAAAAUACAUGUACAUGUAAUGACAUCAUAUUUCCAGAAUGGUCCUCCUUUAUGCCAAAUUCUUUCCUGAUUUAUAUUUAUCAAAUUUCAAAACUUUUUGAAAACAUCAAAUUUUUAGGGCAUAAUAAAGCCAAAAUUGUACCUUCUUCUUUAUGAAAUUUCAGAAGAAACCUUUUUAGCUCAUUGAGCCAAAGGCUCAAGUGAGCUUUUCUGAUCAAAAUUUGUCUGUAGUUGUUGUCAUUGCUUGCAUUGUUAUAACCUUUUGACAUUUUCUUCUCUUUUUUUUGACCAAUUUCAACCAAAUUUGCCACAAAGCAUCCUUGUAUGAAGAUGAUUUUGGUUUGUUCAAAGGGCCAGAAAAGUCAAAUCUUAUGUGAAUACUUGCAAGUUUUUUUUUCAAAUCAUAGCCCAAUCUCAACUUCCCUUAGACUUCCUAUUGAUUUUGAGGUCAAAAGAUCAAGGUCAGAAUUUCAUACAUUGCAAAAAAUGAUUUCCAGAUGAUAACUUUAGUUUUCUGAGGUUUUGCAAUGAAAUUAUGUAUCUUAAAUCAACAUCACUUAAAAAAAGACCACUAUUGACUUUAAAAAAAAUGUACUCCAGAACAAGACCAUUCUGGUCAUAUUCAAAAUAUGGAAGCAUCCCCAUGAUGUGCAGAUUGAAGUUCACUAAUCAUGACCCCUUUGGGCUAGGGUGGGGCCAGAAUAUGAAUGAAGAGUGGAAAAAAGUUUGGAUGAAAAACAGCAGGGCCAACUUUCCUCUGGUGAGCAUUGUGGUCCAUGGAGCUUUGUUCUUUACUUCAUGUAGUUCAUGUGCAAUUUAUGUCAAAACCAUUAUAAAAGUGAAAGCUUUUAUGUUGCUUUAUUUACAGCAAUUCAAAACCACAUUUGUGAUCAUUUGCUUUGUUAGAGGAUUGUUAUUUGAUUUAAAUCUGAUACAUGUGUAUUUGAUUUUUAUAUAAAUUGAAUUGACAGAAUUUUUGUCAGUUUGCAAAAGGAAA